CAAAACUCAGUGCGCGUUUCUGUGAACAGAAGUGAAACUUAAGGUGUCUGCUGACGCAGGAAACUAAAGUACGGACGAGGUGCAGCCUGUUGGUUCAGAGGGACGACAGGACCCACAGGGACCACAGGACCUACAGGGACCACAGGACCCACAGAGGCGACAGGACCCACAGAGGCGACCGGAUACACAGAGGCGACAGGACCCAGACUGGUCACUGCAGAGCCGCUGGUCAGCCGGGGGAGGAUGAAGAUGAAGAUGAAGAGCAGGCUGCUUUAUGCUCCCAUGGUGAUGGUAGUGAUGUCAUCAUUGGUCGGACUCACAUCUACAACAACUCAUAAACCGAGGACUACAACUCAUAAACCGAGGACUACAACUCAUAAACCGAGGACUACUACCACGUCAGGAUGGACCCCCACAACAGGAGCUUCUGGACUAGAUUUAAAUGGGAAGAUGUUCACUUUGUCUAUUAAUGGAGGAGGAAUAUCCUUCUAUUCACCCUAUUAUUCUCCUACCACGCCCCCCUACUCAACCACUAGAUACACCACCUAUCCCUACACCACCACUCGCCCCUGGACCACAGCACCUCCUACUAGAGGUGUGUCCGUGUGUCUGCGUUACCUGACCGACUAUCUAGCAGACAUCCCCAAAAUCUUCACACUCAGUCCAUCCAGCAGAAGCCCUCUGCAAAUGGGAGUCAGUUCUACAGCGUUGUACAGACUAUCAUUUGACAGAUAUGGUUAUAACAACCAGUACUUGCAACCUUACAAAAGGUUCUGGUCAAACAUCGGACCAGAUUUCUGGACCAGAGUCUGCCUCACUGUGGACACCGUGAAGAAUGUGGCCCAGGUGUUCAGCGGCUCGAACAUGAGCAUCAGGAAGCUGCUGCCUACUAAGUAUGUCUGGUCAGGUGAGCCUGUGAUUGAUUUUUCAGGUUUUGAUGGUCAGGUGACAGACGUCCAGGUCUGGGAUUAUCCUCUCCACUACAGAGAAGUCUUCAACUACAUGAACUACAGGUCGUACUCUGGCUCCGCCCUCUCCUGGUCCUACAUCAGCUACUCCCCCAGAGGAGACGUCCUGUUGGAGGACGCCUAUCAACCGCAGUGGCAGGACCGACAGCCAAUCAGCCGCAGCAAGGAGAGGAAAUGGCGUCGGCCAAAGGGAGAGAAGAAGAAAAAGAGAGAGAACAGCUUCAAUGAAACACACAACGCCAGGCGACAAAAGCUGUAGUCUCCGUUUUUCAAUUAAUAAUCAAUCAAGCAACAAUUAAUGAUAAAUGACAUUUAAACUACUGAUUACUGAUUUGAUAAAAGUGUGAUUACUGUAUAUUUACAAGAUGACAAACAUAACAAAAUAUAACCAAAUAUGAUCCUUCUUUUAUAUUUUUACUAACAUGUUUGACUUUAUAUCGUUCUCUUUGUACAUGUAUUUGCUUCCUUAAUUUUUUAAGUCAUUAUAAAACAAUAAAGUCUCUUUUAUAUAGACCUUAGUGGUCCC